CGGUGAGUUCAGAGCAAGGAUAGGCGGCGCAAAACCUCACCCCCUUUCAGUUAAAAACGGGCUCGCAGAAGUCCCGAGGUUCACUAGCACACAGGUCGGUGGACAAUCGGGACUUAUCCUGCACCAACGGAACAGCCGAGGACCGGCGCUACAGGUGACUGUUGACUUCAAGAAGAUAUUACCCGUUGGUAUUCUCUUAUCCAAGAAGAGAUCUCCAUCAACAAGAUGGGCCUCUGGACAUUGCAUCGUCCAAAUCUAUUCCUCCUCUUGCUCGUGUCCACGAGGCUGGUGUUCACAAUACAGAAUACCGAAAUGGAACGGGCGAACGAAAUAAUGAGAAUCGCGCCAUUGAUCGAUGGCCACAAUGAUUUAGCGUUGCAGCUAAGAAUACACUUUAACAACAACCUGACUGCGGUUGAUCUGAAGACUCUGGCCAAGACCCAUACAAAUAUUAACAAACUAAAAGAAGGAAAUGUGGGAGUCCAGAUGUGGGCUGCGUAUGUGUUAUGUUCUGCCCAAAACAAGGAUGCAGUUCGCUUAACUCUGGAACAAAUAGAUGUCAUAAAGCGAAUGUGCAAGAAAUAUUCAGAAUUAAGAUUGGCCAAAUCUGCCAAAGAUCUGGCCACAGAUAAAAUAGCUUGUCUAAUCAGUGUUGAAGGAGGACACUCAAUUGACAGCAGCUUGGCGACCUUAAGAAUGUUUUAUGGACUCGGUGUUCGUUCUAUGUCUUUGACCCACAAUUGCCACACACCAUGGGCAAAAAGUGCAGUGGUUGGGCAUGGUAACAUUUAUGACAUAAGUACGAACUUAACACCAUUUGGUCAGGAGGUGGUUCUGGAGAUGAAUCGACUGGGGAUGAUCGUAGAUCUGUCGCACACCGCCAUAGACACAGCAGAAACUGUGCUUCGCAUCUCCAAGGCUCCAGUUAUAUUCAGUCAUUCCUCAGCUUACGCCAUCUGCAAUCAUCCCAGGAAUGUUCCAGAUAAUAUUCUCCGUUUGAUUAAAGAGAAAGCAGGCCUGGUGAUGGUAAACUUUUAUUCCAAUUAUAUAUCCUGUCAGGGGACAGCGGACAUUUCCAAAGUCGCAGAUCAUUUUGACCACAUCAAGAAGAUCGCUGGAUCCGAGUCGAUUGGAAUAGGAGGGGACUAUGAUGGCGUCCCUAGCUUUCCCCAGGGUCUUGAAGACGUGUCAAAAUAUCCUGCACUCAUUGCGGAAUUGCUGAAGCGGAAAUGGCAGGACGAAGAAAUAAAAGCUGUAUUGCGAAACAACUUUCUCCGAGUCUUUCAGAGAGUUGAAGAGGUCAAACAGGAACUGAAGUACUUGUCGCCCAGUGAAAAGGAAAUCCCCUCCAAGGAAGCUGAUAACGCCUGCCGCUUGAAUCUCCGGAAUCUUCUCCCAUCGAAAAACACGUCACAAAGCAGCUCAGCACAUCCUGCUUUCACCAUCAUAUCCAUCAUCAUCACCUCCAUCAUGUGCACCAUCUGAACCGAACAGCUGAAAGUUUGACAACACAUCACCUCCAAGCAGUAGCGUGGAAGUGUGAGAUGGGCCGAGAUUUUUUUGUUCUGGCAAGGGUAAUGUAGACCUCCCACUAAUGUGAAACGCAUGCCUUAAAUUCACUUAUUAUUCAAUUCCACAAAGAAGAUGAGGACUUUUAAGAACACAGCAAACUUAUCCCUUGUACCGUGUGCUGGGUGGUCUCACAGUGCUGAGUUGCUUAGACUGGAUAAACUUAAAUUAUGACAUUUAAAAAAAAAAAAUGCAAAUGCUGGAAGUAAAAUAAAAACAGAAAAUGUUGAAAACAUUCUGUAGCUCAGGAGGCGUCUCGG